UAUUAUACUAUCUUAUCUGAGAUUAAUCAGUGGACCUUUCGGUAUCAUAGUUAAUUAUAGUGAAAAGAACGUUCCUGUGACAUCUGCCGUUACAACUGUUUCAGCUGAAAGAAAGAAACAAUUAUAAAAUGGCUCAUUGUGACACAGUCAACAUUAAUGUUAUGGAAGAAAAGACUUCUUCCAAUAGUCAAGAAGUGAGAGAAGAAGAUCAAAAUGGAAGGACUGCUUGUGAAUCGGAAUUUUCUGAAGGAGAUGGUUUCAAUAGUAUGGAACAAGAAGUGGGAGAAGAGGAUCAAAAUGGAAACACUGGCACGUUGGAAAUGGACUUAUCUGAAGGAAUGACUUUCACAAGUGUUGAACAAGAAGUUGAAGAAGAGGAUCAAGAUGGUUAUUUAUUGCCUAGCAGCAACCAAUCCAAUCACCCAUCGCAUGUGAAAGACUGCCCACUUGUAAUGAAUGAUGUCACAAGUUAUUUUUAUUAGCAGUCGAGUUUAUGUGGAACAUGUUGUGAAUUUAUGAUCCAAUAGCCGCUGUUAGCAAGCUGUUUGUUGUUAGCGGCAGUAAACAACAAGGAUUUACAAGGCUGUGCUUACGGUAUUAAACUUUACGGCGCACCAAUGUUUGGUCUAAUCAAUUGAAAGUGUUUCGGGUCUGCCAGAUUCGGAGACAACGCUUUUAUGUGUUUUUGUGAGCAUUUGUACAAUUCACCGACCUA